UUCGCAAAGUCGAAGCUCAUGUAGUAGGUCAAUUUAUCAUUCUAUAUUUUCUAAUUGAAUAUUUAUCGUACCACUUGCACUUUACGUUGUUAACAGUUAUACCUUAAUAUUUUCUAAACUCAAAAUAUAUUUGGCACUAAAAAAAAUAUUCAGUCUUUAUAUUAAACCUCCUUCGUAAGACCUUCAAAUGAUAUUUUUAUGUUAAGUUGACAUUUAUAUGUAAAGACAGUUGAAAAGAUGUCAGCAUCUAAAUUGGUUGUUCAAAGAUAUGAAAAUGAUAAUGAUUUUCAAACUUUGCACAUAGUUAUUGGACAAAAUGACGAUUCGUCGGGCACAAUUUAUGGGAUUUGGAGAGAUGGUAAAGAUGAUGUUAAAAAAAAGGACAAAGAUAAAUCGCGCUUGGUAGUGAAAAUAGUUACGGAGGAAAACACGAGUGAUCUUAAUCUAGACUUCUGUUCGCAUAAAAUCAACAACGUCGGCCAAUGCGUCUUUGAUACUCCUAAAAAUAUUACAAUGGUAAUCGGCAAUGAUGUAAGAGAAGGCUUAAAAAAGAAAUCAAACAUUUUUACCGAAUUAACACCGUUACCCUACAAAUAUCCGAUGAGUGAAAAUAAAAACAUUCAGAACACAAAACCGGACAGUUUUACUCUAGGGAGUGAAGAAACAGAUGUCAUAAGUCCACUUGAAUAUAGUCUAGAAAAGGUGAAAGAAAAUAACGCUCGAAUAAUGGAAAACAUUCAUAUGCUAAAUAGAGCUUUGAAUUACACUAAAAAGAAAGAGAUAUCAGAUACAAUAAACCCAAAAUCGAUGAGGUCUUAUCCCUGCGAUGAAUGUGGUAAAUGUUUUGUGUACGAAACAGGAUUACGAAGACAUUACUCUGUGCGACACAUCAGCACAGACUCCCAGCCACGAUGGCAAUUUGUGUGGACAUGUACUGAAUGUUUUCAAGUAUGGCCCAGACAAGACAUAGCUUAUAAGCACGCAAAUAAAUGCUGUAAAACUGAAAACAAUGAUUGUGUUAGAGAAAUAAAGACUUCAUCGCUUUUGCAAUGCGAAUUUUGCGAAAAGGUAUUCACAAGCAUACCCAGAAUUUUAAGACAUUCUAAAAUGCAUACGGUGACGAACAACUAUGAAUGCAACGCUUGCGACAUUGCAUUCUCUUGUUACAAGACCGCUGAGCAGCAUUGGUUGAUAUGUCCGUGGUUGAAAAUGUGCUACCAGUUCUCAUUGCCAAAAAUGUUGUUAUGUAAUGCAUGUGAUCGAAAAUUCAGAAAUUACAACCAGCUUUACAAUCACAGGUAUAAGUCAAGUCAUUUCAUACCCAAGAUAUCAGAAGAAAGUGACUGCACUCUACCCACACUAGUAUAUCAAUGUGAAAUUUGUGGUCAAUGGUUCAAUACUACAAUUCAACUAGAGACUCAUAGAAACCAGUGCCACCCGCACUACGAUAAUGGAAUUAUUUCAUUGUAUUGAUAACUACAAUGGAGGAAUGAAGCUUGUUAUUUACAUAGGGGUAUGGAUUGCGAAGUACAACAUCAUUUUAUAAUAAAUCAAUUUAAAAAA